UGUGGUAGCUGCAUACAGCUUCUUUCUGUCCUCCUACACAGGCAGGAGUGAGAGGCCCCUGGAGUCACCGGCACUGGGAGCAACGGCAGAAUAGACGGUGAAAAUGACAACCCUCCUUCUGCUGUGUGUGUCUUUGCCCAUAAUCUUGGCAACAACAAUACUGAAAGACCCCAAUGAUAUAGUUGGCUCAUUGCAUGUCAGCAUCCCUGUUGAGUUGCCUCUCCGUCCACUGCUGGGAGGAAAGGUAGCUGUGCCAUGCUACUUCCGAGGGAGCACUGUGAAUGACCCAGGAGCACCCACCAUCGCCCCGCUAGCUCACAGAAUCAAGUGGACCUACAUCACCAAGGAGAAAGUUAGCCCAAUCCUGGUAGCGUCGGAGGGGAAGGUUUAUGUGGAGACAGAGUAUCUGGACAGGGUGACAUUGGCCGGCUACCCGCUGGUUCCUACUGAUGCUACCAUUGAGAUAACUGAACUGAGGUCCAAAGACUCUGGUACCUAUCGCUGCGAAGUGACCCAUGGCAUUGAGGACAGCUCUGACGUUGUAGACAUCCAGGUUCAAGGUACUGUAUUCCACUAUCGUGCCAUCUCCACCCGCUACACCCUAACAUUUGAAAAAGCCAAAGAGGCCUGCGUACAGAACAGUGCCACCAUUGCAACUCCAGCACAACUCCAAGCCGCUUACGACGACGGAUACCACCAGUGUGAUGCUGGGUGGCUUUCAGAUGAAACUGUGAGGUACCCUAUUCAGGAGCCUCGGGAACCUUGCUUUGGAGAUAAGGAAAACUUUCCUGGAGUGAGGACCUAUGGUGUUAGAGAUGUCAAUGAAACUUAUGAUGUGUACUGCUUUGCUGAGAAGAUGUCAGGCAAGGUCUUCUACUCCAUAUCUGUUGACAAAUUUAGCUUCUAUGAAGCACAAGACCAGUGUGUCAAACUGGGAGCGAGGCUGGCCACCACUGGAGAGCUAUACCUUGCCUGGAAGGAUGGCAUGGAUGUCUGUAAUGCUGGCUGGCUGGCAGACAGAAGUGUACGCUACCCAAUCAACAUCCCCAGGCCUCUAUGUGGAGGUGGGCUUGUUGGAGUAAGAACAGUCUACUUAUUCCCCAACCAAACUGGAUACCCCUACCCAGACUCUCGUUACGAUGCAGUCUGCUUCCAAGAUGAUGAUGAAGGUGAAGUGCCUGGUAGGACCACACCCUUCCCAGUCAUCCACUUUGAAUCUAGCGCUGUGCCCCUCCCAACCCCAACGCCUCCACAAGGGACUGAAGAGAGCAAGUCUGGAGGAGUAGUAACUCUCUCCCCAUUGCCACAUCUGUCCAGUGAAGAUGUGACCAUGGGUCCCACAGGUGUGGUGUUCCACUACCGACCCAUCACUGGUCGUUACACUCUGACCUUUUUGGAGGCUGAGCUGGCUUGCCGGACCAUCGGAGCGGUUAUCGCCAGCCCCCAGCAGCUGUACGCAGCCUUUGAGAAAGGUCUGCACCAAUGUGACGCUGGCUGGCUGCGCGACCAAUCUGUGCGGUACCCGAUUGUGUCACCCAGAAGCAACUGUGCUGGUAACCUGCUAAACCUCCCAGGAGUGAGGUCGUACGGCCUGAGACCAGCCAGCGAGCGCUACGAUGUCUUCUGUUACGUGGACGGCUUAAAAGGUGAGGUCUUCUUCACCACUGACUACGACAGCUUCUCCUACGACGAGGCCGUGCAGCACUGCCAGAAGCUCAACAGCACCCUGGCCACGCCUGGGCAGCUGCACGCCGCCUGGAGACAAGGACUCGACAAAUGCCGGCCAGGCUGGCUCAUGGACCGCAGCGUCCGCUUCCCCGUCACAACCCCCAAAUCUUACUGUGGGGGCGGAGAGGUCGGGGUGCGCACCAUCUACGCCUUCCCCAACCAGACGGGAUUUCCCGAUGAGCACUCACGCUACGACGCCUACUGCUUCAGAGCUCAAAUUCCUGUUGAUCCCCAAACUCCCAUCACCGUCUCUCAGACGACAGAGCCUAAAGAUGUCAGCGAGACUACAACCGUCACACCGGUUGACGGUGCUCCUACUAACAAAACUACAGUUGGCUACGAUGAAACCUCUGUGAAUAUGACCGACGUUGAGGUUAUCAAAGAAACUGUUGAUACUUCGGUACAAGUUGCUCCGACAGAGAAAAUCGUUCCCUCUCCUGUCCCGGUCGAUGCGCCGGGUUCUGGUUCAGCUGACCACUCAGCCAGUGGGGAGACCUCUGGGGAACCUUCUACCUCCACCAGCAGCGGUGACACAUCCGGGUCAGGACAAGGCGUCACCUUCAGCGGAACACCCGAUGUGCUUUCUGGCGAGCAGUCCGCCUCUGGAAGCCUCAAGGAAGGGAAGGAGGGCAGUACGGUUUUCAUCACAUCUGGAGAUAUGGGGAGUGCAUCCGGAGCUGAAUCUGGAUCUGGAUCUGAAUCUGGAUCCAGAUCUGGCAUCAUCAUACGUGGAUCAGGCUACAGAAGUGGAAGUGGGGACAUCAGUGGCAGUGGUGAUGACACAGUGGUCACCUUGGUUGAUGAAGAGCUGGUGGAUUUGUCAAAAACCCUCAAGAAUGGCACAACAACGCAGGAGCUUGGCCAGGGAGGGAUCGACACCAGCGGGGGAUCGAGUGUUUCUGGAUCAGGAGACGUGUCUGCUUCCGGCUCGGGCGGGUUUUCUGGCAUUUUGUUCGUCGACAGCAGUGGGAUUGACCUGACACCCCAGCAAUCUGGGGAGCAAGAAGUGUCUGGAUACCAGCCAUCUGAAUCGGGGUACCCCAGUGGUUUUCCCAGUGGCUUUCUAUGUGGUGUUUCAGGCAGUGGCUCUGCCUCCGGAGACCCGUCUCCAAAGCACGACAAAGCCAUCUACCUGACCAAGGAUGACAUGAUUGAAGUAAUCACAGACUUUACUGAAGAGGGGCGGGGUGUGGUGGAGAUAAGCGGGGAAGGCAGUGCGUCAGGACGCCGCCCUGAAUUCAGCGGCACUUCAACUCAAACGUCGGGAAGCGGAGCGGCUCCUACGACGGCUUACGUAGAGUUUGUACCGACUCUUGACCAAUCCGGAUCCAGGGAUACAGCUGAGGAGAGUGGCACCGGGUCUGCAGUUCAUUCAGUCACACCAGAAGCAGUCUACGCCUGGCCAACAACGGCUCCGUCAGUGUCAGUAGUUACUCCGGCUGUUGUGGAGCGUCCUGAUGUGGAUGGAGCUACGAAGGGCUGUCCUGAGGACUGGAUGGAGUUUGGCGGCAGAUGUUACAGACACUUUGACGAUAGACUCACUUGGUCUGAGGCAGAGCAACGCUGUCAGGAGGUCAGCGGCCACCUGGUCAGCAUCGGCUCGCCACAGGAGCAGCAGUUUGUCAACUCCAAUGGUGACAGCUAUCAGUGGAUUGGACUUAACGACAAAGACGUGCAGAAUGAGUUCCGCUGGACAGACGGCCGUCCUCUGUCUUUCGAGAACUGGAGGCCCAACCAGCCGGAUAACUACUUUGGUUCUGGUGAAGACUGCGUGGUGAUGAUCUGGCAUGAGGGCGGCGAGUGGAACGACGUGCCCUGCAACUACCACCUUCCUUUCACCUGCAAGCUAGCAGCCGUCAUGUGUGGAGCACCCCCCGAGGUGGAACACGGCGCUCCGAUGGGCAGCAGCACAGGGAGCUCUCCUGUCGACUCCAUCAUCCGCUACCAGUGCAACCCGGGCUUCACACAGCGCCACCUGUCUGUCAUACACUGUAUGGCAAACGGAGAGUGGGAAAAGCCACAAGUCCAGUGCAUAGACGCCGGAGCCAACAGUAACAGGCUACACAAAAGGUCCCUGAGGAGAAGAAGUAAAGGUGUCAGCAGCCAACAGGAGCAGAGGGAGCUGCUCUGAGCGGGACUGAAAGGACAUGCAACAGAGAGCCACAAAAGAGCCUCCUUCUAAAGAAGCAUGGACACUAAUACAAAUGCCAGACCAAAAAGAUAGCACAUCGUACCCCUGUAUGUACACUCAACUAAAAGCACAUUUUAGACGACGAUUUAAAAAAAAAAAACAACUGAUGUCUUUGAAUGUCACCUUGCAACCUCUGAAGGCUCAUUCCUCCAAUUUAUGAUUCAGCAUCCUGGAGCUAAAUCGCUUCCCUUUCUUUCGGCACAAAGUAGAAAAAAAAAACCCCAAAUCAACCUCUUUCCAAGAGGCUGAAGAGUAACAUGCGAAGAGCGCAGAAGGUGUUUUCAGUUCCCACUUUUAUUAUAUUUUACCAUAUUUUUCUAGAUCUGCGUCUCUUAGACUUUGUUUUAGGCGUUAGACUCCUGCUAUGUAGGGCCACGCGGUGGACGUCGACCUUUGGUUGCGUCGCAGACGAGUGGUUCUGUGUCGUCGUGUCAUCUGGAGCAAAUGGAGCCUUUGGUCUCGUUCACAGCUGUAAGCUCGACGUCCACGGUGCUGCCGGACCAACUAGUUACGAAAACGCGACUCGGACGCAGCCACCCUGGAUUGAAAUAAUCGGCACGUACGCACUUUUGAGACUUCCGCCAUGUCUGUGCUAAUCAUUUGAAUCCAGCGCACCUUAUACAACGGAGUGUUAGGAAAAAAGAAAGAAAACAAAAAUAAUACAAGAAUAAAGUUGUGGUAUGAAAGUAGUCGGAACAUUACGACUUCUGUUAAAAAUUCUGUUAAAAUCUCUCUGUUAAUAUUCCGAUUUUAUUCCUGAAAUAUUAUGAUUUUAUGCCGGUAUCAGUUUGACUUUAUUCUUGUAAUGCUGCAACUUUAUCUUCAUAAUAAAUUUUUUUUUUUUUUUUUUUUUUUGCGUUUCGUUAGCGUAGCCCCAAUACUCGGUUGUAACCUUAAAACUGUAUUUAAAAAGAAAAUAAAAUUCUGUCUUUUUUUUUUUAUUUUUUUUUUUUUUAGAAAUGGCAGGAAAACAGUGCCUUGAAACAGCAUUUUUACAAUUUAACAGACUCUAAUGUAUAAUUUGUGAUAACAGGAAGUGGUGUGUAACAGCAAAAGAAAAAGGAAGGAUUAUGAUACACGUUUUAAUUAUUAUUAUUUUUCAAAAUAAAGGGCUUUCCAUCCGUCUUCCCACCAAGCCUCACUGUCGCUAAUAAAGGCAUCCCCACACCAUAAUGCGUCUCACUAAACGGAUAUCCUGUUCAGAUUUGCUUUCCUAAUAGAUUUGUGUGGGUUUUUGUUGUUGUUUUUUUUUUUUAAACAUAUAGAAUUCUGCUUCUUGUUUUUUUUUGUUUUUUUUUUAUCCACUACUUUAUAGUAGGUUGAAAUACAUCGAGGUUUGUGAUGACAAAAUGUGAACUAUUCGGUGAAUAUCUGUCGGGCAUUUUGGAAAUGUAAAAAGAAGUUUCACACACUCCUUAUUUAUGGUUCCUCAAGUGCGAACCGGCGCCUUUGUUUAUGUCGUGAGAACACCAGCCUUUGACCUGGGACGGGUUGCUCACUGUAAAUAUCCGCCAUGUUGUUUUUUUUUUUCUUCUGAACAGCAGGAUCUGUCCAUAACUUGCGCAGUGCAGGCAGUUUUAACUUUUUUUUUUGUUUGUUUGUUUGUUCAAAUUUUAUUGUGACUUACAGUAUUUAUCAUGGACGAGUUUUGCAGAGUGGUUGAGUCGUCAGAGCCAGAGGAGGAUUUCAUGUUUUCAUUAAAGCCUCAGAUUGUAGCUGGA